AUGAUAUUCACUCCAAGCUUGACUAUCGCGCGAGGAACUGACAUCUGUGACGAAGAGAAAGAAUUUGUUCGCGAUAAAUUCGCUACCUACAUUGGAGUAGAUGCCAACGAUAUACCAACCAUUGGAUUUGGCGGAAGCGGUGGUGGAUUUCGAGCUAUGAUAGCUACAACAGGUGUCAGUGGAUGUUGUUGGAAUCUAGCCGCACAAUACACUUCCAUUAUUUCGGAACAAGACAAUCCACUUGAAGCACUGAUCGAUCAUUUUAAGAAACGACUCGACCAUCACAUUGCUAAUCCACAUGCGGUUAUCAAAUCGUUUACGGCUAUCACAUUGUCCGAACAAGCCGUUGAAUUGGUCUUUGGUGGUCUGGCUCAGUCGGGGUUGAACGCGGUAUUAUUGAUGUCUACGGCGCGUUAUUGGCCGCCAGACUUUUGCUUGCCGAUGAUCCAGUAA